UUAUUGACACGUACUGUUCUAGACACACCUCUGUUGUUGUGUGUGAUGCACCUGUUCAGGGGUGUGAUCCUGGGUGACAUCAUCUUGGGAUGGGGGAAGGGAAUCCGACUUCUAUAGAGCAAAGGUGUAUUUACAUUGAGUUCCUAUAAAGAUAGCGUUUGAAUGGUACUGUGGAUUUUGUUGCGUUUUGGUGGAAAACAGACGGCAAAAAAACUUCCGUGUAAGGAAGAGACAUGCCGCAGCUCCAGGCGAUCGCGCUCGUGCUCGUCGUAUUUCCUAUAGAGCUGUUGUCUAUUCAAGUCUCAGUUCCUGAGACAGAGAGACGCACAACUCUGUUUGCUUCAGUUCUUCUGCGGUGUGAUUACUCAACAACUGCGAACACACAAGAUGUUCUGGUCACAUGGCGAUUUAAGUCCUUCUGUUUGGAUCCAGUGCUGGAGUAUUACUCCACUGCGUACCAAGCAGCUCUGGCCCUGAAGCAGGACCCAGCCAAUGAUUGUCAAGACAGUCAGCGGACUGUGCGCACAGUGAUUCAGAAGAGGGGAAUGAAUGAAGCUACGCUGGGACCCGAGUAUCGAGAUCGCAAGAUCUACAUACAAAACAAUGCAGACCUAGUUAUCAAUGAGGUCAUGUGGUGGGACAACGGCAUGUAUUUUUGCUCAAUCGAUGCAGCGGGUGAUGUUGUGGGGGACUCCGACAAGGAAAUCAGGCUCAUUGUGUAUCACUGGCUGACGGUGAUGUUAAUCAUUCUUGGAGCUUUGCUUCUGAUCAUAUUGUUUGGGGUGUGCUGCUGCCAGUGCUGUCCUCAGAACUGCUGCUGCUAUGUGCGCUGCCCGUGUUGUCCUCGAACCUGCUGCUGUCCGGAAGAGGCUGUCAUGCACCACAGGAUGAUGCGUGAUGCUAAGAAGGCAAUGGUGCCAUGGUUUAAUGGUCAGCCCAUCUAUGCUCCUAUUGCCUCCAAUCCAUCUUCUCAAGGAAACCCUCUACUGUAUUCGGGCUCUUUUUCUGAACCUCCAUCCAAACACAACUAUCCCAUGGGCCCGAUGGCCAUGCCUCCCCCUCAGACUGGCCAACACUUCAUGCCUCCCCAUGGAUACCAUACCAACGCCAGCGUGAAUGGGAGUGGACAUGGAAAUAAGCAGAUGUUAGAAUAUCUAGAAAACCAGGUUAGAGGAAUGGAAGUGGCAGCCCCGAUGCUCCAGCCUCAGCAUCACACAGUAGUCCCGCUUCAGAACCAUCAACCUCAAUAUAUGCAUCAGCCAUCCCAGGCUGUAUCCUAUCCAGCCAGGGCACCCAGCAUGCUGUCAGCCCUGGAUGAAAUGGGCGUCCAAGGUGUGGAGCGCAGGGUCAUCCAGCUUCCUCCAAUCGUGGGACGAGCAAGACAGAGCUCACGGCGGGCCAAUGACGGUGCCCGUGGGAAACCCAGGCAGUCUAGACAGUCCAGCGGUAGCUCUAAUCGCAACGGUAAUCAUCGUGAUGACUCCUGGAGGGGACCGGCUACUUCACGUAGAGAGAUCCCCCGCAGCUACAGUGAUGAGUCAGACUGGGGUGAAAGGCGUGGAAGUCGAGGUUCCUCGGGACGCAGGGGAGGAUCAGGUUCAGAGUGGUCUCGUCCACAGGCUCGCAGUAAAGGGGAGCUGCUGGAGGAGUUGGAGCGUGCUAAUUGGAGGGACAGGAGCUAUUCACCUGCUCCACGCAGAAACUCCUGGAGUUCAGAUGAGGACAAUUAUAGGAAAGAAACGCGAUCUCAAGGGAAGUUGGUUGAGAAACCACCAGAUUACUCUACUAUUGACAUUUUGCCUGGCCACAGCAGAAGGAACGACCAAUUUUCUGAAAAGAGUUCUCGCAGUGGUAGAAGCGUUGUGAUCUGAAUUCUUACCCUUCUUCGUCCUUCAUUUCCAACCCACUUUAUUUCUACUACUCCUCUGCAUUUGAAUAUCUACAGGAGCAGACAGUUAUCAUUGGGACUAAUGGUGCACUAUUGCGCAACUGCCUCUGAAACACAGUUAAUGCAGCUUUGUUUUUAUUUUACGUAUUUUGAGAAGUUUGAGAUUGCGAUCAUUUCUUUAUUUUAUACUGCAACGUUUUUUACCAUUCCUUCCUCACAUAUUAGCAAUGAGUUUUGUAGUAUUUGAUUAAUUUCCAAACAUGACAAAUGGAAUUGCACAGGUGUUGUAACUUUUGUUUUGUUACAUACUUCAAAGUGAAAAGAGUUAUCAAACAAGAAAAACAAUAUAUAGACCAAGUCUGAAGACAAAAACAAUGCUGGUCCAUAAAAAAAUCCUUUUUUAAGUUUUUAACACUGCACAAACAUUUGAACAGAAUACAACCAACAGAACAUGUAUGACAUGUAUGACCAAAUCAUGUUUAACACAGUUUUAAUUAUAAAACUUUGGACCAGUGCUUACAUUACGCAGUGGUUUAUAGGACUGGACUUGAUUUUAUCCCUUGUGAAAAGCGGGUAUUUCAUACGGACUAAAAAGAAUAAAAGAAAUGUGAUGUCCAUAACUGCAGUUCAGAAGAAAAAACAACACUUGCUGCAGAAAAAGAAAUAUUUUAAAGCAUACAUUCAAAUAUACAUAUAUCUUAAAAUCCCAUGUAACAUGCAUUAUAAAAAUAAACGGGGUCAAUUUUGAUUUAAUGCCAACUUGAAAAGAUGGCACUUUAUUGAAGGCUGUACAGUGUAUUAAAAAUCCUUUAGUUUACCUAUGUUUGGUGUUUGUCCUGUUUAGUUUUUGUUGGGUUUUAUACUGCAGUGCAUUUUCAGAAACAACAGACUCAUUAUUUUGUUGUUUGCUGUUCAAUCUGAGCAUUCAUGGUCUUUGUACUGUCAUGCUGAAAUUGGUGUAACGUAAAGACCUUGGAUAGAAAUUGCAAUAAAGUUUCUUUGAAUGCUUUCAAUUUUUGUCCUGGAACAUUUUUGGAAUAUUUCCCUCUACAUG